GGCGAAGUUGCUCUCGGCGGAGAAAGUUUGCUUUUGAACUUUGUCGGUGUGCUUGUAAUUGGCCUCGAACCCUCACCCGCGGUGUUGUUUUCUUCCCUCAAGGUCUGGCACCAGUGAUCCCUAUUGUAUCAUCAAAGUAGACAAUGAAAUCGUGGCAAGGACAGCCACGGUUUGGAAGAAUCUCAACCCCUUCUGGGGGGAAGAAUACACCUUGCACCUUCCCAUGGGGUUCCACAACCUCUCUUUCUGUAUCUUGGAUGAAGACACCAUUGGGCAUGAUGAUGUCAUUGGCAAAAUCUCCCUGAGCAAAGACGAGAUUUCAUCCCAGCCAAGGGGAAUCGAUAGCUGGAUCAACCUGAGCCCCGUGGACCCCAACGAGGAGGUGCAAGGGGAAAUCUCGCUGGAGUUGCAGGUGGUGGAGGAAGCUCACCAACGGUUGCUUUGCUGCCAUGUCCUUGAAGCGAGAGAUCUAGCACCACGUGAUCUCUCAGGAACUUCAGAUCCCUUUGCCCGCGUGCUAUUUAAUGGACAGAUCCUGGAAACAGCUAUCAUCAAGAAGACCCGUUUCCCACGUUGGGAGGAAAUGCUGGAGUUUGUCCUGGAAGAUGGGGCUGAUUCCGAGAUGCCCCUUGUUGUAGAAGUCUGGGAUUGGGACAUGGUAGGCAAGAAUGACUUCCUGGGACAGGUCAAGUUUUGUCUGGGCUCCGUGCAGAAGACCAUUCUCAAAGACUGGUUUCGCCUACUUCCUCUGCCCAAUGCAGGAGAGGAUGCUGGGGAUAAACUGGGUCAGCUAAGAUUGCAGGUUCGGCUUGCUGAAGACAGGAUCCUGCCUUCCAGCUGUUAUCAACCCCUGAUAGACCUCCUUGUGGAAUCUGUCUUGUAUCCUCCAGAGGAGGCAGAUGACCUCACCCCACUUGCCCUUCUGGAAGAAGUAUGUUUGGUGGAGAGUCGUCAAGAUGUAUCCAUCAAGCUUGUCAAGAUCUUCCUUGGGCAAGGCUUGGUUAUACCUUUCUUGGAUUACCUGAAUUUCCAUGAGAUUUCAAGAACAAAGGAUCCCAACACCCUCUUCCGUUCCAACUCGCUGGCCUCCAAGUCCAUGGAGCAAUUUAUGAAGAUAGUGGGAAUGCCCUAUCUCCACAAAGUUUUAAAAGUUAUCAUACAUCGGAUCUUCGAAGAGAAGAAGUAUGUGGAACUCGAUCCCUGCAAGAUUGAACCUAGCCGGGCCAAGUGGAUCUCUUUCAAAGCCUCCCUGUCUGAGGCCCAGAUCCGAGAAGGCAGUUUGGAAGUGCUGAAGGGGUAUUUGGAUGAGAUCAUGGAUGCCAUUGUGGGUUCAACCGAGAGCUGCCCUUCUCUCAUGCGGGUGGCUUUCAAACAGCUGUACAAACGAGUGGAGCAACGCUUUAAGGAAGCAGAGCACCAGGUAAGAAUCAAUUAAAAAGGAAUAUUUGUAGCGC